AUAUGAGGUAAGGUUGGUGCAAUACAAUUUGUUCACAUUUCUCAUGGCAGCUACUUCUAAACAAAAAUGGAGAAUAGUGACAUUACAAUUACUAUUUCUUAUGAUAGCUGCUUCUGUGCAGUUAUUAACCGCGGCAUGUCCCUCUUACUCUUCCAUCUUCAGCUUUGGUGAUUCCCUAGCCGACACCGGCAACCAGCAACUCAUCUCUCCCAAUCUUUGUUCGUUACCUCCUUACGGCGAAACCUACUUUCGUCGUCCAUCUGGUCGUUGCUCUGAUGGACGGCUCAUCAUUGAUUUCAUAGCUGAAUUAUUAGGAGUUCCAAUGGUUAAACCGUAUUUAGGAAUUAAAAAUGGUGUAUUGGAAGAUAGUAGUGCAAAUGAAGGUGCGAAUUUUGCAGUUUUUGGAGCAACUGCUUUGAACGUUAGUUAUUUUGAAGAGAGGGAUGUCCAUAUCGUUGCUACCAAUUAUUCAUUAACGGCUCAGUUGAAUUGGUUCAAGGAACUUCUUCCUACUCUUUGCAAUUCUUCAAAAAGCUGCCAUGAUAUUCUUAAAAACUCAUUAUUUCUUGUGGGAGAGAUUGGAGGAAAUGACUUCAACUAUCCCUUUUUUAUACGGAAGAGCAUAGAAGAGGUUAGUACAUACGUGCCAGAUGUGAUCAAAGUAAUAACUUCAUCAAUCAAUGAGUUGAUUGAUCUAGGGGCACGCACACUAUUGGUCCCUGGGAAUUUGCCACUAGGAUGCAAUGCAAUAUAUUUAACCCUUUAUGAAACCAAGGAUGGUAGCCAAUAUGACUCAUUCGGUUGUUUGAAGUGGUUAAACAAAUUUGCAAAAUAUUAUAACCAGAAGCUCCAAUAUGAGAUACAUAGGCUUCGUGAAAUUCAUCCUCAUGCUAAUAUCAUAUAUGCUGAUUAUUACAACGCUGCAUUGCCAUUAUACCAGUUUCCAUCAAAUUUUGGUUUUAUAGGACUCCAAACAUGUUGUGGGAUGGGAGGUUCAUAUAAUUAUAAUGCUUCAGAACCUUGUGGAAAACCAGGCGUGAUUUCUUGUGACGAUCCUUCUCGGUAUAUUGGGUGGGAUGGUAUUCAUUUGACUGAGGCGGCAUACAAAUUGAUUGCUAAUGGUAUUAUUAAUGGACCAUAUUCUCUCCCUGAAUUUAGUAACUUGUGAUCCAUGAAUGUUAGCUAUGGAUGUUUAAAUAAAUAGAGUGUUUUACUUGUCACUCUACCAUGAUGCCACCAUAAAAAAAACCUUUAUUUAUUAGGGCACAUUACUUUUUUUUCCCCAACCUCUUACAUGGUUAUAGGUUGUUCACCUUUAAUAAAAAUAUUCAAAAAUAUAAUUUCAUUGAAUAUUAUAAUAAAAAUU